CUGCCACCAAAUUUUGGAAGGGGUGCAGGGAGACCUUCUAAGGCAAGGAGAAGGGAGAGUGAUGAGAUAGUUGGGAAAAAUAAGAAGAAAAAAGGAACUUCAGCUCCUACAAAAGUGAAAAGGCAACAGACAAAGGUAAGAAGAAAUAGUGGUCCAUCCCUUAGAAACCUAGCAAGUACUGUGAACCCAACUUUGUUUCCACCACUGUCAAAUCAUGAAGAUGAAAGUAUGGUGAUGGAAGAAAUUCCUACACAACAGUCCCAGACACCUUUGAUGGCCACAAUGCAGAGAUCAACUCCUGGACCAUCCAUGUAUGAGCAGUUAGUCAGGGGAAACCCAGUGCAGCCUACAAGAGCCACACAUGGAGUUCAAAUCAGAGGGCCUCCUACAUUUACUGGAGAGAGUCCUGUUUUUUCUGUGGGAAGCAGCAUUACAUUAGCUCAUGAAAAGGUUGUAGUUGAUAAGGGGAAAAAGUACUUGGUACUUAACAAAAAAUGUCAUGGCAAUGACAAGUGA